AAAGGAAUCGUUCAGACAAUGAUGCCACCUAAACACGGAACUGACAAGACACUCACCAAGUGUCCGUCUUCGUAGAACAGAAAAACAAUCAGUCUUUCUAUAGGAGGAACUGUACUCCCUGAGAAGAUGAGAGGUGACAACUGCAGCUGGUUAGGAGCAGAGAUCCCACUGUCAUGGGAGUUGUUCAGGGUGGUCAAGGAUGAGCUCUGGUUGUUUAUCAUUCCUGCCGGUUUUGCUGUGAUCAUUCUGGCCCUGUUCCUAGAAGAGGUGGGCUUCUUCCUGCGUCACGUGCCCUCCUCCAGACGCCGGUGCCUCUACUUGUGGAUACUGGGCAUGUACCCGGUCUUUGGAUUAACCUCCAUCAUUGCACUGUAUGUUCCUCGCUCCUCCUCACUUUGUAAUUUCAUAGCUUCUCUGUACCACUCAAUCACUCUGCUAAAGUUUAUGGGGCUCAUCACAGACUUCUUUGGGGGAAAGGCCCGCAUGCUGGAGAUCUUAGCUGGAGAGCAGGGUUCUCCAGAUCCAUUCCCAUGUUGCUGCUGCUGUUGCCUCCCUAUGAUAGCAAUCAACAGGACCAGCCUGGGGUGGAUGAUGGCUGCUGUGCUUCAACUGUCUGUGGUCAGAACCAUCCUGUUCUUUGUCACUCUGGUCCUCUGGACAGAUGAGCAGUAUGACUAUGAACAUGUGGAUUCUGUCAAUCUCAAUGUGUACGUGAAUGCCAUCAUAAGUGUGUCUACCUUCCUGUCUUUCUAUGGCCACUUGCUGUUUUACAAGGCCACCAAAAGGGCUCUGCCUGGCUAUGGGCUGAGGGCCAAGUUUGUCUGUAUCAUUGUAGUGUUGGUGCUGUGUGGCCUUCAGAAUGGAAUCCUGGAGACCAUGGGGGCCCUGGAGGUGGUGCCCUGCUCCCCUCCCUUCUCUGUUCUCAUGCGUUCCCAGUUAAUUUACCACUACUCUGUGAUUGUGGAGAUGUUCUGCAUAUGCCUCUUUGCCCGCCACACGUUCCGUAAGGUGGAGCCCAGUCCGGAGGAGACCUUUGGGUUGGAGGAGAGGCCCCACAGAGGUAUGCUACUGGAGAAGGCAGUUCAGACUGAGGACGUGGUGCCACUCAGGGAGAACCCCUGGCCUGGCUGGUGCGGCGCUGGUGUCUCCAAUCCCGACUAUAACAGUGACAGCAGUGAGGACAGCCUCUGGAAGAUCGAACACGCCUCCCUGGAUCGCUUCCCUUUCCCUCUUCAACCCAGACGUCAAAAGAUGAUGCCAGAGAAGGUAACUGAUGAAAGUGCCACUUUGGAGCUGUCCAAACUGACUGUUACUGCUGACAUCAACUUUGCGGAGUCUAGGGAUGUUACUGUUGUAUGACACUAUGGAAUGGACUGUCCUGGAAUCUCCUAACAGGAGAGCAACAUGGGUCACCUCCAGGAAAUGGAAGAGAGACACCACACCGCUUGAGGUAGUACCUUGCCCAGUUUUUAUUUUUAUGUAUUUUGAGAUCAUGCAUUUAUUCAUUCCUCAGCUGAAUGAAGAUGGUAGCUAAUGGUGUGGUAGGAUAUUUUUGUUCUACUCAUAAUUUCUUGCCUACAUUUUAUAUCGAGCAUGCCCAGUACAUUUUGUUUUGCAAUGUUAUCUCAAAAAGCCAAUACAUUUUUUUAAAGCCUA